UUCCCAGAAUUCGUACUUCGGUCCAAGGUAAGCUGGCCCCUACUGCCGAUUUUCUCCCUUUCAGUCUGGCUUACAACACCGGCCAGGUCUGAACACCCGUUCAACCUGGAGCGCACUGUAUACGUACAGUGUCCCGAAUGGGCCCAGGCUGUCACUGCGUGCUAUCGGGGUUGCGCACGCUUUGGUACCAUUGGUCCGUUGCUCAGAAUGUUGGGCGUCGGCGUAGAGCUCACUGCUGAUGGCCUCAGAAUGCGGGACGAUCCUUCGGGGUUCAGAAAAUGGGCUGCGCGAUAUUCCACCUCACAGCUGCUCACACGAUUGCUUUCUGCCCAAAUUCGCGCAGACAAGGCAACAGAAUAUGUGUGUGAUUCUGAGCGUACGCGCCUUCGCAACAAAUAUAGGACUGCCAAUUGUCUAAUCAUUGCAAAUGCGCGGUAAUCCGCCAUAACACGAAUGAAGAGGCAAAGAUACCCGCCCCAAUCCGGCACCUGCAUCGAGGUGAUACUCCGUCUCCGUCGAGGUGUGUGGAUAUUUCAGCCAAUGCGGUGUGCCUACAUACAACCCGGUAAAGAUCAAACGGCUCGGUUGAACCCCCAGCCCCUACAAACUUCUUCCCCACACCCCAUUCCGGACCACCAUCCAAGACACGCUUUCUCAAGUGUGUUCCCUAAUCUGCAUGGCGUCGACACGGCCGAAUAGUAGCACGCUCCGUGUAUGAGCGCAACCACGUGCUGGAUUGCUACCCCCCUGGAGCGUGCUAGAGCACUCGCCUAGGAUCGCCGUGUUGGUAACCUCCCCUCGUAGGGUAUAUACUUAGUCCCCGAGACCCAUCCUAUUUCUUUUCAGGCUUCUGUCAAUAUUGGCUGCGCAUUACCUGCAGCAAAGCGAUGUUCCCAUGGAAUCUCCUUUGCGUUCAGCUCCUCUGGGCUUCGAGUCCAAUCUCGGGCAGUCAGGGUCCUUGGGUCUCCCGGUGGUAGUCCUGGCGGGCAUAUGUCUUCCACUGGUCCUUCUCUUCGCUUUCGCCCAUGUCUAUGCACGCGUGCUGGUCAACAAGUGGAUAGUUCAUGAUUAUGUAUACUUAAUUAGCUGUCUAUUCAGCGUCCUGUUUAUUGCUUUUUCUAUGCCUCUGGGUCUCGCAGAGCCUUUUGGUCAACGUGUCUGGAACAUCAACACUGCGGCAUUGACGAAGACAUAUAUGAGUCUUCUCCAUGCGUUCACGAUUAGUACCGGCCUAGUUCUCUGGUUCACCAAAGUUAUUACCUUUGGCUUUGUAAUACGUAUCUUUGACGCCCCCCGCUGGUUCAGACACAGUUCGUACGUUGGAAUCAUUUUGACUGGUCUUAUUUUCUCGCAAUAUACCGUCACUGUUGUCUUGGCCUGUGGACCUAAACCCGAUGACGACCUCAAAUCCUACAUCAAUGGCUUUCGGACCCAAGCAUGUUCCGCCCAAAGUGGUGUCCACAUGAUCACCGGAAUCACUACAUCUCUCUUUAACUGCAUUACGGACCUUUACCUCUUGUCGGCCGCGAUAUAUCUGAGAAAGACUUUGAGGGAGAGCACUAGACAGAUGAAAAGCACAUAUCUGCUCUAUCUCGGUGGAUUCCUUGCAUUUGUGUGCAGCUUCAUCUCGAUGGUAUUUCGAAUCAAGUCAUGGCAAGAUUCUGAUAUCACUGGAUACCAAGUCCCGAUCGAUUUCACCGUUAUCUUGGAAGUCGUGCUUUGCCUUAUCCUUCCCGCUAUGCCAUCAACCUUUGAGAUCUGGAAGUUCUACACACACGUUGAGAUCGUCGAGAGAAGCACUAUUGGAACACCGAGUACUAUGUGGCUUACCUCGCGAACGAACCUCUCGACUCUGCCCUCUACCCCAUCACCGUCGCACGAAGGGCGGGGCGGAUGGCGCAAAACGCAUCUCAGCAUCGAAGAGCUGCCCUUCCGAAAACCAUCUGUCGACUAUUAUCGCAACAGUCCCCUCAAGCCAUUGGAUAUGACUCGCAUGAAGGCACUCCCAGCGACACCCCUGCCCGCACCUAAAACACCGACGGCGCCCAAGACGCCUCGGACACCCAAAACACCAAAAACACCCAAUAGUGUCAAAAGCAUGCAAUUGCCUAUCCUAUUGGAGCAGUAA